UUGUACAGCGCCCAUUGCCGUAUUUUUAUUGACAUAUUUUGUAGCUAACUGAUGUAGUAGGUCUAGGAAUAAUUAGACAAUGUCUUUGCUAUCAGAGAUAGACACAAGUCUUUCAGUGCAGCAGCCUGCCCAGUUGCUUAAUUUGGUGUAUCUCACUCUGAAUGAUCAACUUCUACCGCCUCGUCCUGCACCGAAUGGACUAGUAACUGGAUUGGAGUUUCAACCUUAUCAACAGCCAACAUCGUCCGAAGCUCUCAGUGGGAUUCCAGCUCUGUAUUGGUUACCUGAUGUUUUGCUUCAAGAAAAUGAUGAAGUAAAUCCACAACAGUUUGGUGAUCAAACUUCGGCCCGCGACGCCAGCAUGGGAGAUUUGGUGGAUGGAUUCGCUGAUUUAACUCUUUCGCUUUAUCCACGAAUAUCAAGACGACCUCCAGCUAACUAUCUAUGUCAUCUAUGUUUUACCAAAGGACAUUACAUCAAAGAUUGUCCCCAGGCCAGGCCGAAGGGUGAAGGUAUGACACCCUAUCAAGGAAAGAAGCGAUGUUUCGGUGAAUACAAAUGUCCAAAAUGCAAAAGGAAAUGGAUGAGUGGAAACAGUUGGGCAAAUAUGGGACAAGAAUGUAUCAAAUGUCAUAUUAACGUUUAUCCCCAUAAACAGAGACCACUAGAAAAACCUGACGGACUCGACGUUUCAGAUCAAAGCAAAGAACACCCGCAACAUUUGUGUGAAAAGUGUAAAGCCUUAGGUUACUAUUGUAGACGAAUCCUUUGAAAUCAUAUUGGAACUAAGCUUUGCGUUGUUUAAAAAAGGUAGAAUGGAUGUGACAGUUUGAAAAAAAUAAAGCUAGUAGAUAUCGACAGGGCCAUAUUCAGACAAUGAGGAGCCCUAGGCUGUUCCAUUUGUGAUGCCCCUCCAAACAGUGGCGGCAUAUAUUCAUUAGUGCGUCAUAAUAAGCAUUUCAUAUUUCUGUAUAGUGUAUUAUGACGAUGUAAAAUAAUUUUUAAUCCCAGAAAACGCCUUAUUGAUGAAUAAAAAUUUAGUGAUAAAUGAAAUUAUAGAAUUAUCAUUCCAAUCUUUAAAAUAGAUAAUCUACGAUAAAAUGAUCCCUAAAUAGUAAAAAACAUAAUAAUUUCUAGAUUCGUUGUUGCUUAGACUUUGUACAAAUUUAUUUUUUUACCUAUUUAAUUUUUGACCUUGACGGGAAAUAUAUGGAACAAGAAUUAAUAACAAAUUUCCGUUUUCAACAUUUUAAACCAGUUAAAUUGUGGAACAUGCCUUAAAAUUCAAAUGAGAAUUAAAAAAUAAAGAAUGUUCCAAAAUUGAAUCUCGGGGCAUCUAUGAAUUUUGAGGCCCUAGAUUUUAGCCUGCCUAGACUGUGGUUUAAUUCUGCCCUGUUCAUCGGGUAUCAUCCAACCGGACAAUAAUAAUUUGGCGAAAUGCAGCUGAAAUCUUCGGUUGGUGAUGAUAUAAAGAGAAAUUAAAUUAUUAAUGCAACUUAAUAACUAUAGAAAUCGUGAUAUAUAAUCUCAUAAUUUAUGUGUUUCUAUUUAUUUACGAAUGCAAUUGUUGGUUUUUAUGAUAUAUUCAAAACUUAUGCCUUAAAAUCAUUGGCCUUUUAUGUGUAUAUACUUUUGAUGAUGCUAGUUCGAAAAAUAUUUACUGUACUUGUUUUUAUGAAAUAUAUUUUAUGCAUGAAUAUUGGCUAAAUUAUUUGUAAACAAAUGAUAUAUUCGGGCACCGUUCACUUCUAACUUUUGCCCCAUUGGAAGGAAUUGAGAGUUUUAGACAAAAACUAACGCUUAGCAUAAUACGCCAACCGCCGAGCCACAUUAUUUUCAUUGCUAGUCUAGUUUACUUCAUUUUAAUACGCAAAUUCAUAGCGCUAUUGCCAUGUCCUACCAAAGCGACACUUUGGUCCCUACUAGUCCGGCAGAAUCGGGCCUUAACAUUGUUUUGGGACAUAAAGUUUUUUUUUUUGUUUAGAUAUAAUGUAUAUGACAUAUAUAAUGAUACCCAGGUGGGUGUGAAGUAUAUAAUGUUGAGCAAU